UUAUCCAGCCAUAAAAAACACGGAAUUCCUGCCAUCGCAACAGCACGGAUGGACUUGGAGGACAUUACGCUAAGUGAAAUAAGUCAGAGAAGGACAAACACUGUAUGACGUGACUUGUAUGUGAAAUCUGAAAAAUCCAAACUCAUAGAUAUAGAGAACAGAUGGUGAGACCUGGACUGAGGAUCAAUUAAUUAUAAAGCAGAAAACUCUUGAAGUAGGGACACAGCCACAUGAAGGAGAGGAAUGUGAACGAAACAAACGUGCAGGACCCUAUGGGUGUGGACAGAAUUUUGGUCACAUCUCAGACUUUAUCCGACAGCCACACAUUCUUAUGGAAGAGAAAUCUCAAAUGUGCAACGUUUGUGGCAAGCUAUUCAGACGGAACACAUACCGUAUUCAGCAUGAAAAAAUUCACACGCAAGAGAAGCCUUUUGAGUGUCAUGAAUGUGGAAAAGCCUUUGGCCAUACUUCAAAUCUCAUUCAGCAUCAAAGAAUCCACACCGAGGAGAAACGCUACGAAUGCGGUGAGUGUGGGAAGGCCUUCCGGCGCAGCUCACACCUCAUCCAGCAUCAGAUCAUCCACACGGGGGAGAUGCCUUACAUGUGUAACGAGUGCGGAAAAGCUUUCGGUCGGAGCUCAAGUCUCCUUCGACAUCAGAGAAUCCACACUAGGGAGAAGCCCUAUGAAUGUACCGAAUGUGGGAAGGCCUUCAGCCAGAGCUCAAAUCUAACAGAACAUCGGCGAGUUCACACCGGAGAGAGACCAUACGAAUGCAGCGACUGUGGGAAAGCUUACAGUCGUAACUCACACCUCAUCGAACAUCAGAGAGUCCAUACAGGGGAGACUCCUUAUGACUGUAAUGAGUGUGGGAAAUCUUUCAGUAGGAGUUCACUCCUUAUCAAACAUCAUAGAAUUCACACUGGAGAAAGACCCUAUGAGUGUAGUGAAUGCGGGAAGGCCUUUAGUCGGAACUCCCACCUUAUUCAGCACCAGAAGACUCACAGUGGGGUAAAACCUUCUGAAUGUAAAGAAUGUGGGAAAACCUUCAAGUACAGUUCAUACCUUAUUGAUCACCUGGGAAUCCAUUCACGAGAGAAACUGUGAAUGAAGUGAAGGUGCUGAAGCCUUUGGUUGGAGUUCAGCUCUUAGCGAACAUCAGAGAACUCGCGCUGGGGAGAAAACCUUUGGCUGUAGUGAGUGCAGACGGCCUUCAAUCCUAGCUCAACUCUUACCAAGACCUGAAAAUCCACAUAGUGGACAGGUCUCAUGGAUGUGUUCAGUGCCUGAGUACCUUUAGACAGAGUUAAACCCGCCUUACUCAGCAUUAGCCAGUUUGCUUUGGGGGAACAAUGGGUAUGGGGAGAGCCUUGCUAUGUGUCGGAGAGGGGCACGAAAGGGGCAUCAUGUGACACUACACAAGGAAUGACUAAAGUGGAAGCUUAAGUUCGCACUACUUUUUAUUUGAUUUUGAGGAUCUGUCUACAUCGGGGGGAGAUUCUAUGUUUUUUUUUCACAUCUCCAUAAUCUUCCGCCAAAAAUGGAAUGGGUUAGGUCCGUUCCAGGGAGGAAAGAAUCAGGGCAUUCUGGAUUCAGACUCAUAGAUCAGGAAAGCUGCAGUGUGACCUUUGAAUCCAGUAGCUUUCCAUGUAUCUCAUCUGUCCUGUCGGUUGUAACUAUACAUGGAAGUGGCUCCUGGGUCUUCUUGGACCAGCAUUUUCCCUCCUCAAUGUCCUGCAGACUACUGACUCUCUUUUUGUUUUAUAUUUCAUAGAUGCUUUUAAUAAAUGGGCAAAUUUUCUAAGCCCAGUAAUUUCUCAGUAUAGCACGUGACGGGCUUUGUUAUGUGUCAACUCCGGUAGGCUGAAGUGCAUUUGUCAGAUUUCCCUUUCUUGUGUUCUUCGGUUUGUGUGGUCUACAAGGGAGAUUCUUGGGGGAGUUGGAGGGCAGAACAGAAGCAGCAGUCAUUUUGUAGCUCACACAUGUCACUGAUCUGCUGACUCACCUCACUGGAGCUGGACAUGAAACUGGUCUACCUUCCCCAGGAUUCCUUUUUGCCUUUACUGGGCUGUGGUUUUCCUUCUCUGAUUGAAUCCUAGUCAUACACAUGCUUACUGUCCUAAUGAGAAGUACACAUUUAUUUCAAGUUUAGGUAGAGAGAAAUGGUUAGCUUCUGGCUGUUUUUAAAAAAGAACCUCAAUAAUAAGCUUCAAGAUUUCCUAUCAGGAAAGCUACUGUUCAGACUCCUUUAUAACAAAACUUCCAUCAUAACCUGAGGCAGAGCUUCACUACUGUGUAAUUAUCGAGGGAAAAGUUUGCAAAGUAGUUGAAUAGUGUGAUACAUGGUUGACUGAUAAAAUUUUAAAACAUCAAAAA